CCCUUCAAUCCCACGUCCAACUAUUUACCACCGAUUGCUACGUUGUUUCUUCUUCGCUCUCACCAUUUCCUCGCUGUCUUUCGUCUCUGCAACAAUAUUUCCUCAAACAUAUACACACACACAUAUAGAUAUGUAUAUAGAUAUAGAUAUACAUAUAUAUAUGUAUAUCAACACCAUCUUCAUCGUCGCUGUCAUCAGAUCUCUGUAGAGGGUCCAGAGAUCUCUUGUUUGAUCUCAAAUUAUAGUUAAUUAACCCUAAUAAUUGAGAUCAUGGUUCGUCUGAGCAAUGGCUUCGUCGUCUUCAUCAACGUUAUCGGCAUUCUCCUAUCUCUGGCCGUCAUCGCCUCGUCGCUCUGGUUCUACCUCAACCACGCCACUCCCUGCCAGAAGCUUCUCGAGAGGCCGCUCCUGAUCCUGGGCUUGUCCCUUCUGGUGAUCUCCGUCCUGGGAUUGGUCGGCGCCGGCUGCCGGAACCAGUUCUUCCUGUGGAUAUACCUCUCCGCGUUGUUCCUGCUGAUCUUGGGGCUGAUCGGGUUCACCAUCUUCGCGAUCAUCGUGACGAACAAGGGCGUGGGGAAGGCGAUUUCCCGGAAAGGGUUCAAGGAGUACCGGCUGGCAGACUACUCGAAUUGGCUGCAGGAUCAUGUGGUGAAUCACAAGAACUGGGAAGAUAUUAGGAGCUGUUUGGUUGAUGCCGGAGUUUGCUCCGAUCUCGGAGCAGACCCUCAUUAUAAGGACACCCAAGCUGAUUUCAUGAACCGAGGCUUGAGUUCUGUCCAGUCGGGUUGCUGCAAGCCGCCGACAUACUGCAAGUUGCAGUUCAAGAACGCCACGUUUUGGACGAUGCCGAAGGCGGGGCCAGCAGUUCCGGACAGCGAUUGCCAGACAUGGAGCAACAACCAACAGGCGCUCUGCUACGAUUGCAAGUCAUGCAAGGCCGGAGUUCUGGCCAACAUCAAGCAAAAGUGGAGAUACUUGGCUCUCUUCAAUACCGGCACCAUCGUUGUGGUGGUGGUCGUCUACUCCAUCGGCUGCUAUGCCCUCCGGCACAACAUCGGUUCCCGGCGGCCCUACAGUGCUUACAACUACAAAGGCUACCCUUGA